UGUUUACUCUACAAAUUUCUUAUUCAUUCUAUUGGCAAAGCAUGUGCAAGUUGAGUGAAAAACACAAAGGGGAAGAAAGUCAUGGUGGAAUUAUUCUGAGUAUCCAAACAGCAUAUAAAUAACUUAUUUAUUCAACCUCUUCUGAAUUUGACAUAUGAAGAUGGAGGUUAAGAUGAAUCUGGUUCUGUUAAUGGCGUGUUUGGCCAACUUCAACAUCGUUUUUGCCUUUGCUCACAUUCAUGGUUUUGGGGAGCAACCACUCUCCGAGAUUGCCAUCCACAAAGCUGUUGUUUCACUCCACACUAGAGCUUCCAUCACAGUCACCCCUUCUCUUCUCGGCAUAAAGGGUGAGGAUACCCAAUGGGUGACAGUAGAUAUUGAUUUCCCUGACCCUUCUGCAGAUGAUUGGGUUGGAGUUUUCUCUCCUGCUAAGUUCAAUUCAUCAACAUGUCCACCUGUGAAUGAUCCAAAAGAAGUGGUUCCGUACAUAUGCUCAGCCCCAAUUAAGUUCAAGUUUAUGAAUUACUCCAACUCACACUAUACCAACACAGGAAAAGCUUCUUUGAAGUUCCAGUUGAUCAAUCAACGUGCAGAUUUCUCCUUCGCGCUAUUUUCGGGCGGACUAUUAAAUCCUAAGCUUGUGGCAGUUUCCAAUUUCAUAUCAUUUGCCAAUCCUAAAGUGCCUCUAUAUCCACGCCUUGCUCAAGGGAAGUCUUGGGACGAAAUGACAGUUACCUGGACUAGUGGAUAUGACAUAAAUGAAGCUACACCAUUCAUUGAGUGGGGUCUUAAGGGUAAAACGCAAGUGCAAUCUCCUGCUGGGACGUUGACAUUUGGUCGCAACAGCAUGUGUGGCUCACCGGCACGAACUGUUGGUUGGCGUGACCCCGGUUUCAUACACACAAGUUUUCUCAAAAAUCUUUGGCCGAACUCAGUGUAUACCUAUCGAUUAGGGCAUCUAUUGUCUAAUGGUUCAUAUAUUUGGAGCAAGAAAUAUUCAUUCAAGUCAUCACCUUAUCCCGGACAGGACUCACUGCAACGUGUUAUCAUAUUUGGUGAUAUGGGGAAGGCUGAGCGCGAUGGUUCAAAUGAGUAUAAUGCCUAUCAACCUGGUUCACUUAACACCACUGAUCAGCUCAUCAAGGAUUUAGAAAAUAUUGACAUUGUUUUCCACAUAGGAGAUAUAACUUAUGCAAAUGGAUAUCUCUCGCAAUGGGACCAAUUCACAUCUCAAGUGGAACCAAUUGCAUCAACAGUGCCAUAUAUGAUUGCCAGUGGUAAUCAUGAACGUGAUUGGCCCAACACAGGAUCCUUUUAUGGCACUACAGAUUCAGGUGGUGAAUGUGGAGUUUUGGCUCAGAACAUGUUUUUCGUUCCAGCUGAAAACAGAGCAAACUUUUGGUAUGCAACAGAUUAUGGCAUGUUUCGCUUCUGCAUAGCUGACACUGAACAUGAUUGGAGAGAAGGAACAGAACAAUACAAAUUCAUUGAGCAUUGUCUUGCAACAGUAGACAGACAGAAACAACCCUGGUUGAUUUUUGCUGCUCACCGUGUGCUUGGAUAUUCAUCUGAUUUUUAUUAUGGGUUGGAGGGCUCAUUUGAAGAGCCGAUGGGAAGGGAAAGUUUGCAAAGACUUUGGCAGAAAUAUAAAGUAGAUAUUGCAUUUUAUGGCCAUGUCCAUAACUACGAAAGGACAUGCCCCAUUUAUCAGAAUCAAUGUGUGAAUGAUGAAAAGUCUCACUAUUCCGGCGUCGUGAAUGGAACAAUUCAUGUUGUUGCUGGAGGAGCAGGAAGCCACUUGUCAAACUUCAGCCAAGCACCCCCCAAGUGGAGUCUUUUCAGAGACUACGACUUUGGCUUUGUCAAGUUGACAGCAUUCAAUCAUUCAUCCCUCCUCUUUGAAUACAAGAAAAGCAGUGAUGGAAAGGUCUAUGAUCAUUUUACCAUUUCAAGAGAUUACAAAGAUGUCUUAGCGUGUGUGCAUGAUGGCUGUGAAGCAACCACACUAGCGACUUGAACUGCUUCCUUAUUCAUAUGCACGUGCUCAUGGCUUUUCUUUCUUUAAAACAAAAAUCUAGCCAUAACAUUUUCUUAUGGCUUUAACAUUUACAAGUUAUGAGUACUAUCAGGUAAAGUUAUUAGUUCCACUUUAUGCAAAGAGUAAGCAUGGCAUGUACAAUUCUUAUUGUACAUGAUAGGCUCUUACCAGUGCUCGUAUAGUUUGGGGUGCAUUCACACCUCUUUACUUUUAAGAAUAAUAUAUAAUUUUACAAAGUAUAAUAAAUCUUAAAUUUAGUCCCUCA